UUUCAGAAUCAGUCGGAGCUGGGUGAGAAGGGGAGGGCAGACGACUCUCAAACAACGCCUGCCCUGGUGAAGCCGGGGACGACGGUAGACUCAGGAGCCCGGGGGUCCGCGGGGUAGAGUCGAGCUCGGGUUCAGUGUGGAAAGUCGAGCCCGGCGGCACGGAAGCUCUCAUGAUGGGGACCGUCAGUGAGCUCUGUGCCUCCACGUUCCAGGCUCUACUCUGUCCCCCCGUCCAGCCAGCAGCCCCUCCUGUGCCGGCACCAGCUACAGUGCCGAAUGACCUCAGCCCUGAAGAGAGGCGGGACCUGGAGAGCAUCCGACGCAGGAAGCAAGAGCUGAUGCAAGACAUACAACGUCUGAAGGAUGAGAUUGCAGAGGUGACCUGUGAGAUCGAGGACCUGGGACUCACCCAAGAAAGAAAGAACAUGCAGAGGAAUAAACAGAUGGCCAUGGGCCGUAAGAAGUUCAAUAUGGACCCAAAGAAGGGGAUCAGGUUCUUGAUUGACAGCGCCCUCCUGAAGAACACGUGUGAUGAUAUUGCCCAGUUCCUGUACAAGGGGGAGGGGCUUAACAAGACUGCCAUAGGAGACUACCUGGGGGAGAGAGAUGAGUUCAACCUCCAGGUCCUGCAUGCCUUCGUGCAGCUCCAUGAGUUCACGGACCUCAACCUGGUGCAGGCCCUCAGGCAGUUCCUGUGGAGCUUCCGUCUGCCCGGCGAGGCCCAGAAGAUCGACCGCAUGAUGGAGGCCUUCGCCCAGCGCUACUGCCACUGCAACGCCGGCGUCUUCCAGAGCACAGACACGUGCUACGUGCUGUCGUUCGCUGUGAUCAUGCUGAACACCAGCCUGCACAACCCCAACGUGAAGGACAAGCCUUCCGUGCAGAGGUUCACCGCCAUGAACCGAGGCAUCAAUGACGGCGGAGACCUCCCAGAAGACCUGCUCAGGAACCUCUACGACAGCAUCAAGAAUGAACCCUUCAAGAUUCCAGAAGAUGACGGGAAUGACCUCACUCACACCUUCUUCAACCCUGACCGGGAGGGGUGGCUGCUGAAGCUAGGGGGACGCGUGAAGACCUGGAAAAGACGCUGGUUCAUUCUCACCGACAACUGCCUCUACUACUUCGAAUACACCACAGAUAAGGAACCCAGAGGGAUCAUUCCCCUUGAGAACCUCAGCAUCAGAGAGGUGGAAGACUCGAAGAAACCGAACUGUUUUGAGCUCUACAUCCCGGACCAGAAGGACCAGGUGAUCAAGGCCUGCAAGACGGAGGCCGACGGCCGCGUCGUCGAGGGCAACCACACCUUCUACCGCAUCUCGGCCCCCACGACCGAGGAGAAGGACGAGUGGAUCACCAGCAUCAAAGCGGCCAUCAGCAAGGAUCCCUUUUACGAGAUGCUGGCGGCCCGGAAAAAGAAGGUGUCUUCCCUCAAGGGGCUGUAGCGUCUGCGUCGGAGCGACCACUGGUCUGUCCGUCCGUCCCAUGCUGUGGACAGUGCACUAUGAGGACCUAUAUGCCCACAGGGCCAUUUUGGAUGAGGGACACUGUCCUGUGUGGUUCAUAACAGGAACACUAUACCUAUACAGGGGUUAACCGUUGGACCUAGCCUAGAGACCGAGAGGAACGGCCUGCUGGCGCCAUUAUCUGCUCCCUCGCUCUCUCUCUCUCGCUCUCAUGCUAACUCUUUCUCUUUCUUCUAAAACACAUAAACAAGCAGAUCCCUAGAGCAAACUCCCUCCUCAAGCGUAAUUGUUACUUUUUCUGUCGAGACACAGAAUGAUCUACAAUCAAAGCACUUCCGGCAAACUUACACCUCCCUCUGCUCCUCUAACAUACAAAUUAGAGGACAAAAAAUAUUUUGAUAUUUUGCUAUUUAAGUGAUACUGCAGUUGAGCUCAACAGGAAUUCCCCCCAAUCCAUUUCAUGGUGUCACAAAAUGGCAGUUGUCAUUUCUUUGAUGGGACAUUUUUUAUACUAUUCUUUCUAAGCCUUUCCUCAUAUUCAAAUACAAUUUAUUUGAAAGCAAGGGCGACAAAAUGCUGGACAUUUAGGUUAUCCUACUAUAUUUCAUAUCUUUGAGCUACAUAAAAAAAAUAUCAUACUUUGUAAAUAAAGUGUUUACAUUAUUUAAAUAAGAAUGUCCUCAUUUACUUUUUUCCAAUUUCAACAUAAGAAUAUUUUGUUUGUAGUGGUAAGUUCUGCACUGUUUAUGCAAAUGAAGGAACUUGUUAGAUAGUAAAAUAUUUAUUUACAACGAUUUAUUGUAAGUUAUUGUUUUACAUUUUGUUUCAAUAAAGUGAUAUAAGAUUGGA